ACUUGACCGCCUUUUGGGGGGCUGUAUGAUGACCUCGGUUUCAUGAGAAGUGCUCGUUUGUUUUGGUGUUGGCAAAACCAGAAUUUUAGUCAAUAAAAAUGUUCCGAAACCAGUACGACAAUGAUGUUACUGUGUGGUCACCUCAGGGUCGUCUCCACCAGGUUGAAUAUGCCAUGGAAGCUGUGAAACAAGGCUCAGCCACCGUAGGUGUCAAGAGUACGUCCCAUGCAGUUCUUGUAGCUUUGAAGAGAGCAUCCUCUGAACUGGCCGCACAUCAAAAAAAGAUAAUGCCUAUUGAUGAGCAUAUUGCUGUUUCUAUUUCAGGUCUUACUGCAGAUGCUCGAGUAUUGUCAAGAUUUAUGCGCACAGAGUGCUUAAAUGAGCACUUCAGUCAUAAUCAGACAUUGUCAUUGAAUAAAUUAAUGGAGCGUGUUGGCACUAAAAUGCAAGUUGCCACCCAGCGGUAUGACAAAAGACCAUAUGGUGUUGGUCUCCUGCUUGCUGGUUAUGACGAGGAUGGUCCUCAUGUCUAUCAAACUUGCCCAUCAGCUAAUUACUAUGAUUGCAAGGCCAUGGCCAUUGGCGCUCGCUCACAGAGUGCUAGAACUUACUUGGAGCGUCACCUGGAUGAAUUUUCUGCAGCUACACGAGAAGAACUGAUCAGACAUGCACUGCGGGCUCUGCGCGACACACUUCCAAAUGAUGUGGAGUUGACAAAUAAGAAUUGCAGCAUAGCAGUUGUUGGAAAAGGGGAGAAUUUGAACAUCUAUGAUGAUGAUGAUGUGAACCCCUACCUCGAAGGAUUGGACCAAGAGGAACGCCGUGGUGGUGCAGGAACUAGCAGGGAUGCCCCAGCUGCUGCUGAGGGAGAAGGUGAUGGUGAAGAAGGCAGCUCUGCACCUCCACCACCUCCAUCUGAUGACCAGCCAUCAGGUGAUGCCAUGGAAACAGAUUAAUGAACAAUAAUUUGUGCUAAGUAAGGGACAUUAAAAUAUUUUGUAUGAUGCGUUAGACUUUGCCACAUCUACAGUGAGAAGCCCAUUAUCUCUGAAGCUGCCGUAAUUUUUAUGUUUUUUUCAAAUUUGAGGAUUCAUUUCUAUUUCUCCAAAUAUUUAUGUAAGUUAAAUCAUGUUAUUACUAUAUUAUACUGUUUUUCCACAAGAAAUAUAGAUUAAUCUUACAGUU